GCCGGCAUUCUUCUCUUAUAAUGAAAGGUUUUACGCAGUAUCUAUACGUUAAAAAAAUCAACCGUGAAUAUCUGCUAACUGUGCAUCUUAUGAAACAAAUUCAAAGCUAUUCAUCACUUUGUUGAAAGAGAAAAGAGUUAUACGCAGUAUUUCGAUCCAGUGUCGGGAUUGUUUCUAGUUUAAUAUAUUUUUUUUGGUUCUUAUUUCAUUUUUAAAAGACACUCCUCAGUACGACUCGGUGUCUUCGACAUAUUUUUGUCCUCGAGCUUUGUGUACAUAUCACAAUGUUGAUGAUUCCCCAAAUUCACUUUAAAAAUCCACCUUUACCUGUCCCGUGAGAGGUUUUGCGUUUAUCAGUUGACUGUUUGUUAAGCAGUUUUUUCAAUAACGGGGGUACUGUACGUAUCAGUCGCAGAGCGAGUGCUUCAAACCGAACGUGUGCCGAAUUUUGGAAAUCUUGGCUUAGAUAGGGAUUGAAACUUUCAAUGGGCGAAAGAUAGUGCAAAGAGUUGUAAAUUUUCCUCUUAUUUUUAACCCCCUUUCUGAAAUUCUUUAAGAAAACUGCUGGAAAUUCAGAUUCCGGAAUGGCGGAAUAUGAAUUAAAAAGAUUCAAUGAUUACACUUCCCCAAAUCUAAUCGAACCGGACUUCAGAAAGAAAGCCGGAUGCUUUGUUCGGAUAACCACGGGUUUUAUCCUUUUGCUGCUUGCUUUGAUUCUGGUGGCCGGGGUAGCGGCAAUUGUGUAUUUUGUUCAGAAAGACAAUUUUGAAAGCGACAAUAAGGAUACAUCCUCUGUUACAAACAGUUAUACAGGGAAUCUCAAAGGUGACUGCGAAGCUUUGGCGGAGGCGGGAAAACUGGACCAAACCAAAGUCUGUACUGCGUGUCCAUCAUCAGGCACCUGUCUACCAUGGACGACAUCGAAAACUGUGACAUCAUCAGCCACUCCUACAUCAAAGCCUGUAAACUUUCGCUUACCAGAUGACGUCAUUCCUCUGGAAUAUGAAGUGGCUAUUAAACCGAACAUGUUCACCGGAAAUCCAGAUUCGUUCGAUUUUGAAGGAACUGUAAAAAUAAAAAUGGAAUUUCAUAAUCCCACUCAUCAAAUCAUUAUGCAUGCUAAUGGUUUAACCAUCUCGAACGUGAAAUUUGGUGUUUUAUCGGGCCCCAGAAAGUCCCUCCCAAACCCGCAGUACGACCAGGAACGACAGUUUUUAACCUUCCAGCACAACGAAGUUCUGGAAACCAGCAAAACGUAUGAAUUAGAGAUGAACUUUAGAGGUCCGUUGAAAAAUGACUUGAAAGGGUUCUACCUGAGUUCUUAUGAACACGAGGGACAGACAAGAUAUCUGGCAACGACCCAGUUCCAGCCGACCGAUGCCAGGAAAGCUUUCCCAUGCUUCGACGAACCCGCAUUCAAGGCCAACUUCACAAUGAAAAUAACACGUCCACGUGGGUGGAUUUCGCUGUCGAAUAUGAAUAAACGUGAAACUCGGAAUGUUGGUACUGCGGAACAGCAGGAUAUCUACCAAACGUCUCCAAAAAUGUCCACGUACUUGGUGGCAUUUGUUGUCUCGCAAUUCAGCUCCAAGCGGCAAACUUUUACGCAUAACAAACCAUACAUUGCCUGGGCCCAGCCCUCGGCCAUCAACCAGACCGAGGAGGCCCUACAUGUCGGGGUGACCAUCAUUCAAGAGUAUGAAAAGUUCUUCAACAUUGAAUUUCCUCUUCCUAAACAAGAGAUGAUUGCCGUCCCAGACUACCCGCUCGGGGCGAUGGAGAACUGGGGGCUGAUAACAUACCGAGAGACGGCCAUGUUGUUUGAUCCGGAUGUUUCAUCAGAAUCCAGCAAACAAAGAGUGACCCAAGUCAUCACUCAUGAACUCUCACAUCAGUGGUUCGGUAACCUAGUAACCAUGAAAUGGUGGGAUGACCUGUGGCUCAAUGAAGGAUUUGCCACGUUCAUCGAGUACUGGGGAGCUGAUAUUGUACGUCCUUCUUGGAAAAUGCUGGAGUCCUUCACAGUGUCGGAGAUGUUUACUGCCUUCGACAUGGAUGGCUUAACAACUUCUCACCCCAUCUACAUCCCAGUGGAGAGUCCGGACCAGAUUAAUGAAAUCUUUGAUAGCAUCAUCUACAACAAGGGUGGCUCAGUCAUCAGAAUGUUGCGGUUUUUUAUGGGAGAACAGACAUUUUUAAAAGGUCUCCAGGAUUACUUGCAAGAAAAGAAAUACUCAAAUGCCUUCCAUGAUGACCUGUUCAAUGCUUUGGAUCAGAGAGCUCAGACAGAGGGGAAGCAUUUUCCCGCCAAUAUUAAAGACAUCAUGGACACCUGGAUCUCCCAAAUGAACUACCCAGUUGUCAAGGUUACCAAGAGUUCAAGUGGAGCCGUUCAUGUGGAACAGAAGCGAUUCCUUGUUAAUGACCCCUCCACUGACCCAGGACAAUUUGUUUCCAAGUUCAAUUACAUAUGGAAAGUCCCAUUCACAUUCAGAACCAGCGAUGAUGGGAAUUUUGAUGUGUCUGAUGCUGAUGUGAAAUGGAUCAUGGACUCAGGCAAUGACAUUCUAGGCAGCUCCUACCCCACGGGGCAGGGGAAGUGGAUUCUCGGUAAUGUGCACCAGUAUGGUUUCUACAGGGUCAACUAUGACGAUGAUAACUGGAUGGCUUUGAUGAAUCAACUUAAACAACAACACACGAAAAUUCCCCUGCUGAACCGAGCGCAGAUAAUUAAUGAUGUUUGGAACCUUGUAAAGGCGGGAGAAGUGUCGGUAGAUGUGGCUCUACACAGCCUGGAAUAUCUGGACACAGAGAAGGAUUAUGUCCCCUGGGCAGCGGCAAUGAGGGAGCUCGGUUAUCUGUCUGACAUGCUUAGAGAGACUGAAGUGUUUGGGGACUACCAGACGUUUAUGAAGGAAAAGGUCACUGACCUUUUUGCUCGUCUGACGCUUGAUGAUUCCAAUUCAACUCAUCUUGAAACUCUGCAGCGUUCUAUGAUCGGGAGGGCAGCCUGUAGCUACGGUGUAACUUCCUGUGUAACACAAGCCAGCAACAUGUUCCAGGCAUGGAUGGAUGACCCCUCGAGAAACAAAGUUGACCCAGACAUUAAGGCUGUUGUGUACUGCACAGGGAUCAGUGAGGGUGGUCAAAAGGAGUGGGAUUUUGCCUAUUCUCAGUACAAGCUGACCAAAGUGGCCUCCGAGAAAUCGAUUCUUCUAUCAGCUCUAGCCUGCACAUCUAAGACCUGGAUCCUCAGUCAUUAUCUAAAACUAACCAUGGACCCAAAAGAGAUUAGAAGUCAGGAUGUAACCAAUAUAAUUGUAUAUGUGUCGCAAAAUUCAGUUGGACGAUACCUGGCUUGGGAAUUUAUGCAGGAAAACUGGGAUACUCUGAGAGAAAAAUUUGGAAGUGGAUUUUUCAAAUUUGCCUUUUUGAUAAAGGGUGUGACGGAGUCUUUCAACACAGGAUAUCAACUAAAACAGCUGGAGGACUUUGUAAGAACACACCCAAAUCUAGGGACCGGACAGAGAGCCUUCCGAGAAGCCAUCGAGAACACAAAGUCCAACAAAGCGUGGAUGGAAAGGAACUACCAGACUAUCAAAACAUGGCUAGAACAAAUGUCCUCCUCCACCGGUGGAAAGAAACUCACAGAUGUCCGCCUUCCACGAUCUAAUCUCCCGACACUGUACGAGAUCGAACUGAAACCCGAUAUCUACUCAGCUGACCCUAGCAAAUUUAAAUUCUAUGGCCACAUCAAGAUCAGCAUUGAUUGCAUGGAAGCUUCUACCAACAUCACCAUGCACAAGAACAAGCUGAAUGUCACCAACAUCAAUGUUGCUAAUCAGAAUCCGAAUUUUGGGGCCCCAGGGGUUGUCAGGCAGUCUGAGGACAAGGAACGCCAGUUUCUGAUCAUACACCUGGAUGGAUCUCUACAAAGUGGACAGAAAUACUAUUUAAUAAUGGACUUUGUUGGAGAUCUGACGAACGAUCUAGCUGGACUUUACCUCAGCUCAUACAGCAGGGCAAAACAAACAGUUUACAUGGCAACAACUCAGAUGGAACCCACUGAUGCCAGGAAGGCGUUCCCCUGUUUUGAUGAACCUGCCUUGAAGGCGAAGUUCAAACUGACUCUGCUGCGAAAACCGGACAAAAUCUCCCUGUCCAACAUGCCAAUUGUCCAGAAAAUUAACAAGGCUGAUGGAUAUGUGGCUGAUAUUUACCAGGUGUCGGAGAAGAUGUCGACUUAUCUUGUCUGUAUCAUUAUUUGUGACUUUGUCCCCAGAACUGGAAUAACCAAAAACAAUAUAACGUAUUCUGCCUGGUCUACGAAGGAGGCUUACAACCAGACAGAGUUGGCCCUGGAUGUGGGCAUGAGCACCAUUACCUACUAUGAGGAUUUCUUCGGCAUCCCAUUCCCUCUACCCAAACAAGAUAUGAUUGCUAUCCCCGACUUCUCGGCUGGGGCGAUGGAGAACUGGGGUCUGAUUACAUACCGAGAGACGGCCAUGUUGUAUCAGCCGGGGGUGUCCUCAGAAAUCAACAAACAGAGAGUGGUUACUGUUAUAACCCAUGAACUGGGUCACCAGUGGUUCGGGGAUCUAGUGACUAUGAAAUGGUGGGAUGACCUCUGGCUUAAUGAAGGAUUUGCCACUUUUGUGGAAUAUCUUGGGGCUGACCACAAAUAUCCUGAAUGGAAAAUGUUUGAGCAAUUUAGUGUAGCGGAAGUACAGAGUGCUUUCAGUUUUGAUGGGCUGGUCUCCUCUCAUCCUAUCUACGCCCCCGUCUACAAUCCUGCAGAAAUUAAUGAGAUAUUUGACACCAUCUCUUACUCUAAGGGUGGUACCAUUAUACGAAUGAUGCAGUGGUUUUUGGGAGAUGAAACUUUCAAGAAAGGUCUUACACACUACUUGAAUGGUAGGAAAUACAGCAAUGCCGCUCAUAAUGAUCUGUGGAACGCGAUGUCUGAGCAAGCCAAGCGGGAUGGGCAGGGAAGAAGGACCGAUGUCAAACGGAUCAUGGACACUUGGACCUUACAGAUGAACUAUCCAGUCGUCAUGGUAACAGUUGUGAAUGGCAAGGUCAGAGUUCAGCAGAAGCGCUUCACGCAGAAUCCCACUGCCAAAGAUCCGCAGAAAUACACAUCUCCAUUUGGAUACAUUUGGGAAGUCCCCUUCACUUUCACUGUAAAAUCUCAGCCCGACUUCAACCAGGACUGGAGAAAUGCCAAGUGGUUUAACACAGUGAUGACAGAUAUUUCGGUACAGACUGUGAUAAAUGGUGAGGAUUGGAUUCUGGGUAAUGUGCAGCAGUACGGAUAUUACAGGGUCAACUAUGACAGGAAUAACUGGCUCAAACUGGUUCAGCAGCUAAAAGUUGAUCAUAAGGUCAUACAUGUUAUCAACAGAGGACAGCUGAUAAAUGAUGCCUGGGCAUUGGCCAAAUCUGGCGAAGCUGACAUGGAUAUCGCGCUGAAGAUGGUGGAGUAUCUGGGAUCCGAGAUGGAUUAUGUCCCUUGGUAUGCCGCACGAAAAGAGUUGUCAUAUGUUGAGAAGAUGAUGACCAGGAGUAACCUGUACGGCAAAUUUAAGAAUUUUAUGCACACGCUGAUUAAAACUCCAUACGAUAGACUAGGAAUGGACAACAUGGGGUCAGGUCAUCUAGAAAUCUAUACGAGGUCAUUGUUGGUGAGUGAGGCGUGUGAUUAUGGUAUCGAGAGCUGCAUGUCUGGAGCGGUCAGAAUGUACCAACGCUGGAUGGAAGACCCUAUCAACAACAGAGUUGACCCAGACCUGAAAUCCACUGUUUACUGCACGGCUGUAGCGGAGGGCGGAGAGUCCGAGUGGAACUUUGCCUAUCAGCAGUACAAAGAAACCAACGUCGCAGCCGAACGUCGGACUCUGAUGGGAGCCCUAGCCUGUACAAAACAGACGUGGAUACUCAGCAAGUAUCUGAGCAUGUCCCUAAACCCGGCAGAAGUCCGCAGACAAGAUGGAACUUACGUCAUCAUUUAUGUCUCCCAUAAUCCCAUUGGUCGGGACUUGGCAUGGAACUUUGUCAAAGCUCACUUUGAUCAGUUAUUGGAAUUGUACGGAACGUCUUCCUUUGCUCUGAAGAAUCUUCUGAAUGGAGUGUUGGAGACCUUUAACACAGAGGAAGAUCUUCAACAACUGAGAGACUUCAAAACAAAAUACCCAGACAUGGGAUCUGGGACGAGGGCAUUUGACCAGGUUAUCGAGAAAACGGAGGCCAACAUAGACUGGAUGUCUACAUAUUAUAACACCAUAGAGAAAUGGCUGGACGACAACAUCGCUGCCUCCUCGGGGGAUUCUAGUCUGAAGGAUGUCCGCUUACCCCGCUCUGUUCUACCAGACUUGUAUACUCUAGAGCUCUUCCCUGAUAUUUACCAGCCCAGUCCUGCAAAUUUCACUUUCUCUGGCAGUGUGAAAAUCGACGUUCGUGUUGUAGAAAAUACUGAAAAUAUUACGCUUCACAUUAACAAGCUUACUAUUAAUGAGAGUAGUGUGAAAGUGGUAGCCAAAGUUGAUGGUGCUGUGAUUCCGAUAAGCAGUUUUAAACAGGAUAAAGACCGACAGUUCUUUAUCAUUCUUUUGAGACAGCCCUUACAGAUGGGAACCAAUUAUUCAGUGUCCAUCAAUUUCAAAGGUCCCCUGACUGAUGACCUGGCUGGGCUGUACUACAGCUCCUACAAAAGAGGGGACCAAACUCUGUACAUGGCCACUACGCAGAUGGAACCUGUUGAUGCCAGAAAAUCGUUCCCAUGCUUCGACGAACCAGACUUGAAGGCAAAGUUCAAGGUCACACUUGUACGAAAAGCAGACAAGAUUUCUUUGUCUAACAUGAGGAUAGAAAGAACAGAUACUAGACCCAAUGGUUUGUUGGCAGAUGUCUAUGAGGAAUCGGUACCGAUGUCUACCUACCUUGCCUGUUUUAUUGUCUGUGACUUCAAGAAUAUAUCCAAGGCAACGCCCAAUGGAAUUUUGUAUGGAGCUUGGUCCAGACCAGAAGCCAUACAGCAGGCAGAGUUUGCGUUAGAAGUGGGGGUGGACACCAUUACAUUUUACGAAAACUACUUCGGGAUCCCAUUUCCCUUGAAGAAGCAAGAUAUGAUAGCCAUUCCUGACUUUGCUGCUGGGGCUAUGGAGAAUUGGGGUCUGAUUACUUACAGGGAGACGGCCAUGUUGUACGACCCGGUCAUGUCCUCUGAAAGCAACAAGCAGAGAGUCACAGUUGUCAUCACCCAUGAACUUGGCCAUCAGUGGUUUGGGGACUUGGUGACUAUGGGCUGGUGGGAUGACCUCUGGCUUAAUGAAGGAUUUGCCACUUUUGUGGAAUAUCUUGGCGCUGACCACAAAUUCCCUGAAUGGAAAAUGUUUGAGCAGUUUGUGACGGAGGACCUCCAUGUGGCUUUUGAUUUUGAUGGACUGGUGACAUCACAUCCGAUUUAUGUGCCAGUCGCUAAUCCGGACGAGAUCAACGAAAUAUUUGACAAGAUCUCUUACUCUAAGGGUGGCAGUAUCAUUCGGAUGAUGAGGUUCUUUUUGGGGGAGGAUACUUUCAGAGCCGGACUGACGGAUUAUCUAGAUAGCAGGCGAUAUGGCAACUCUUUCCAUGACGAUCUUUGGAACUCUAUGACGAAGCUGUCAAACCAGAAGGGUCGUCCAGUGGAUGUGAAAGCUGUCAUGGAUACUUGGACACUACAGAUGAAUUAUCCAGUGGUUACACUGACCAGGCAGGACAGUGGUCAUCUCCUGGCAACUCAGAAACGUUUCCUUAGUAACCCUGCAGCUAAAGAUCCCAUGAAAUUCACAUCAGAUUUUGGAUACAGAUGGAUGAUUCCAUUCACAUACACAACUGAGACUUCCAAGAAAUUCAGCCAAAGCUUCAGUGACAUUGUCUGGUUCAACGACUCUGUCAAAGAUAUUGCAGUCAAUGUCCCAGCUGCAGAUUGGAUUCUGGGUAAUGUACAGGAGAUUGGUUAUUACAGAAUGAACUAUGACCUGGACAAUUGGAAUAAGCUGAUUGGUCAACUAAAGGCUGAUCAUAAGGUCAUACAUACAACGAACAGAGCGCAGCUGAUCAAUGAUGCGUGGUCUCUUGCAAAGGCAGGAGAACUACCAAUGGAAAUUGCCCUGCAGACAAUAGAAUACCUCGGGGAUGAGAUGGAUUAUGUCCCCUGGACAGCUGCAGAAAAACAACUGUCGUACGUCCAGAAGAUGUUGGUCAGAACAUCCCUGUAUGGAAAAUACAAGAACUUCAUGUCAUCCCUAUUGAAGAAACCAUUUCAAAGACUUGGUCUAGACAACUCAAAAUCCAGCCACCUAGAAAUUUACACGCGGUCUGAUCUGGCGAGUCUGGCCUGUUCAUACGACGUCCCAAGCUGUCGAGAUCAAGUGAAGAGAAUCUUUGACCAGUGGAUGACCAACCCGUCAGUUUACCAUGUCGAUCCUAACCUGAAGACCCUGGUGUACUGUACCGGAGUGGCCGAGGGUGAUGAGUCCGAGUGGAACUUCGUUCUCCAGCAAUACAAACAAUCCACGCUGGCCGCAGAGAGCAGCCGGCUUUUAUACGCAUUAGCCUGCUCCAAACAAACAUGGCUGCUCAGCAGGUACCUGGAGCUCAUUUUGCACUCGGACCUCGUUCGGAAACAGGACGCUGUCAGUGUCAUCAACUACAUCUCCCAGAACACCAUCGGCAAAGACCUGGUGUGGAAUUCUGUUCGUCAGAACUGGGAGCAGCUGAGGAGAGAUUAUGGUGGGGGCUCAUUUUCCUUUUCCAAACUUAUAUCUGGAAUUACUGAGUCGUUUAAUACCGAGUUAGAACUUCAGCAGCUGAGAGACUUGGUUAAGAAUUCUGACUUGGGAGCUGCCACCAGAGCUGGGCAACAAGCCAUCGAAAAGACACAAGCAAACAUAGAAUGGAUGAAAAAGAAUGUCCCCAUCAUAGAGAAAUGGCUGGACAGGACGGCCCCUCCAUCCCAGGUCAACACAGAUGUCCGACUGCCUCGCUCUGUGCUGCCGGAGUUAUACACCCUGGAGCUUUUCCCCGAUCUCUAUCAGGCGGACCCCAGGAACUUCACGUUCUCCGGAAAUCUCACCAUCCUUGUGAACUGUACAGAAAAUACCAGUAACAUUACCUUACACAGCAAUAAAAUCACAAUAGAUGAGAAUUCUAUCGUCGUUAAGUCGUUGUUGCGAGGAGGCAACUUAUUCAGUUCUCUGUCUCGAGAUGAUGAGCUGAUGUUCUCAGUCUUCAACUUAAAUUCUGAACUUGUGGCGGGAGAGCAGUAUGAGCUGAGCUUGCGAUUUACUGGUCCUCUUAAAGACGAUUUACACGGCCUCUACUACAGCACCUACACCAGUCAAAAUCAGACAAAGUACUUGGCCACCACUCAGAUGGAACCUGUCGACGCCCGGAAAUCAUUCCCGUGUUUCGAUGAGCCAGAUAUGAAGGCUAUGUUCAAGGUCACCCUGGUUCGGCAGAAUAAUUAUAAAUCCUUGUCCAACAUGGAAGUUCAAGGAUUUACCAACAGGGGAAAUAACUUGGUGGCCGAUGAGUACCAUGUGACCCCCAGAAUGUCCACCUAUCUACUGGCCUUUAUUGUGUGUCAGUUUGAGAGAACCUCCACCACUACACAAAAUGGAAUAGUGUACAGUGCCUGGUCUCUACCUGAGGCUGUGAAUGACACAAAGUUUGGCCUGGAGGUUGGAAACAAAACCAUUACAUACUAUGAGGAAUAUUUCAACAUACCCUUCCCACUGAAAAAGCAAGAUAUGAUUGCCAUCCCCGACUUUUCGGCUGGAGCGAUGGAGAACUGGGGUUUGAUUACGUACCGAGAGACAGCCAUGUUGUUUAAGCCGGGGGUGUCUUCGGAGGGCAACAGGCAGAGAGUGACCACUGUUAUCACGCACGAGCUUGCUCAUCAGUGGUUUGGUAACCUCGUAACCAUGAAAUGGUGGGAUGACCUCUGGCUCAAUGAAGGAUUUGCUACGUUUGUAGAGUACAUGGGAGCAGAUCAUUUGUUUCCGGAGUGGAAGAUGUGGGACCACUUUAUUCUCAGUGAGCUGUACAGCACGUUCAGUAUCGACGCCUUCGUGACAUCACAUCCUAUUUAUGUACCCAUAAAAACAGUGGAGGAGAUGGAGGCUGUGUUUGACACCAUUUCUUAUGCCAAGGGUGGCAGUAUUAUCAGAAUGAUGAGAUUUUUCUUGGGAGAGCAGAAUUUCAGACAAGGACUCCAUCUUUAUUUAGAGAGUAGGAAAUAUGGUAACGCUUUCCACGAUGACCUCUGGGAUGCCAUGGACAAAAUAGUCGUACAGAAAAAUUUAAACUACCCAGCAUCAAUCAGAGAGAUCAUGCAUACCUGGAUACUCCAGAUGAACUAUCCAGUCGUCACGGUAACAGUACCACGAGAUGGACUUGUUCAAGUCAAACAGAACAGAUUCUUAAGGAAUCCCGAUGCGAAGGACCCUCUUGUUUAUAUCUCUCCAUUUGGUUAUGAAUGGUGGGUCCCUCUGACAUAUACUACAAAGUCAGAAAAUAAAUUCAACAAAGAAAGAACUGAUGUCGAGUGGUUCAACACAACAAGUCAAGAUUUUACCAAUCCCAAUGUUAAAAAGUCUGACUGGAUCAUUGCAAACAUUAACCAAUAUGGCGUGUACAGGGUCAACUAUACUGUAGAAAACUGGAGAGCACUUAUAGAACAGCUUAAACAAAAUCACAGUGUUAUUUCCACUAUUAAUCGUGCCCAGAUAAUCAACGAUGCGUGGAGCUUCGCAAGGUCUAACCAGUUAGAUAUGGGUGUUGCCUUGGAUACGGUGGAUUAUCUGUCCAAUGAAAGGGACUACAUUCCACGAGUGGCAGCAGAGAAUCAGCUGGCCUACAUAGACGCCAUGUUGUCGGUUACCAAAUACUAUGGAGCAUUUAUGAAAAAGAUGCAGCUCUUGGUGAAAGACAUUUACAAUGAGAUCGGUUUAAACAAUACAGGUGCCACGCAUCUUCAGUCAUAUAUGAGAUCUACAGUAUCGAGCACAGCAUGUUCCUAUGACAUUCCAGAGUGUCUGUCGGCCGCAGAACAACAGUACAAAGAUUGGAUGAGCAACCCCAACAACAACAAAAUUGAUCCCGGUCUGAAGUACACGGUAUAUUGUACUGCCAUUAAACAAGGAGGACAAGCAGAGUGGGACUUUGCCUACAGUCAGUACAAGUCUUCACAGGUGGCCUCGGAGAGAGCCAAGCUCCUGUCUGCGCUCUCCUGUACCAGGGUCCCAUGGCUUCUCAAGAGGUUUUUGGAGUAUGCAGUAACGGAUGGAGAGGUCAGAAAACAGGACGGUACGAGUGUCAUCGCUGCUGUUGGUCGUAAUGUGAUUGGUCGACCCAUUGCCUGGAACUUUGUCAGAUCACGCUGGGAUUAUAUCAUGAACGAGUACAGUGAAGGGCAGUGGAGUGCUGGCGGAUUUAUCAGUAGUAUUUCUGGAGCAUUUAAUACCAAAUACCAACUCCAGCAGCUGACAGAUUUUGGUAAGGCCCACCCUGAUCUAGGUCGUUCAGCCAGAGCCUACAACCAAGCAGUGGAGGCAGUACAGUCAAACGUUCAGUGGAUGCAGAAAAAUCUGGACACUGUGAUUAACUGGCUUGGUGGUCAAGCUUAGAACAACAAUGUAUACGUGUACUAGAGUGCUUUGAAUGAUGUAACCUGAAUAUGAUAGACGCUUUGUUAUAUAGUGUAUAGUUUUGUAUAGUAUGACUACCAUUUAUUUGCAUUGUGUGAGUUUAUUAUAAUCAGACACCUGUACUUUUUGACAUUGAAUGGUAUUAUCACGUGACUGAUGAUAAUGUGUGUGUUGACUUCAUAAUAAAUUAAGAUAUUGCCCAA